AACAUGAUGUUAAACUUUAAUAAUACUAUUAAAAUGUGAAUUAUUUUUAAAUUAGAAAAUAAUCUGUAUUCCCCUGUGCAUUCUAAUUUUAAAAAGUUUUAGAGAUGUAUGAAAAACUUUUGCUCGUUUCGUUUAUACUUUUGUUUGGUGAAGUAUGCCUUUUGGAUAAUGGAUUGGCGAGGAAACCCCCCAUGGGGUGGAUGUCUUGGGGUUACUACAUGUGUAGUGUUGACUGUGAGAAGAAUCCACGAAAAUGUCUAAAUGAACAGCUAAUACUAUCAAUAGCUGAUACAUUCUACAAUGAAGGGUAUCAAGAAGCUGGCUUUGAAUACAUUAUCAUAGAUGACUGUUGGUCGGAGAAGACGAGGGACGCUCAGGGCAGAUUGGUGCCUGAUAGAAAGAGGUUUCCCCGCGGAAUGAAGUAUAUUGCUGAUUAUAUUCACAGUCGCGGUCUAAAAUUCGGCAUGUAUACCAAUGUAGCGGAAGUGACAUGCAUGCAUUAUCCAGGGUCGAAAGGUCACUUUGGUGUGGACGCUAAAAUGUUUGCCGAAUGGAGUGUGGAUUAUAUCAAGGUGGACGGGUGUUUUGUUGGCGAGGAAUUCUUGAAUACAGCAUAUAUUAAAUUCGGGGAACAUUUAAACGCCACGGGUCGACCAAUGGUAUACUCAUGCAGUUGGCCAUAUUAUAUUGAAUUCAUUCAUUAUAAUACACCAGACUACAAAACAAUUUCACGUCAUUGCAAUAUGUGGCGAAACUAUCACGACGUUGUGACGUCAUGGAACGCUAUAAAACCUAUAAUAAAUCAUUAUAAAUCUAGAUAUUAUGAAUUAAGUCCCUUCCAUAAACCGGGACAGUGGAAUGAUAUGGAUAUGCUAAUAUUCGGUACAGGAUCGCUCACAGAGAGCCAAAGCCGAGUGCAUAUAGCUGUUUAUUUGAUGCUAGCAGCACCUUUACUAUUAAGUUGCGAUAUGACGAGAAUAAAUAAAUAUGAGAAGGAAUUAUUAUUAAAUAUGGAUCUCUUAGCGAUUGGACAAGAUUCUUUGGGAGUUAUGGGACAGCCUUUUGAGCUUGAAAAUUCCAUAACACUUUGGGUGAAGCCGCAUUUACCGAGGAAAGGUGACAAAUAUCAUUCCGUCUCUUUCGCACUCGUGAACUUGAAUACUAAAGGAUCUUCUGUCUCUUUCACGCCUGGAAACUAUGGACUGAAUUCAACUGAUGGUUAUACUGUUAUGGAUAUAUUUACAAGGAAAUAUGUGAGAAACGUCACGUUACAAGAUACUAUUUCAGUGACCGUACCACCUGAAGAUGUGAUACUCUACACCUUAUUCCCUCUAUGAUCUAAAAAUAAUAAUAUUUAUUAUGUACUUAAUAAAUUAUUUCCAAC